GAUUUGUGUCCCGUUAAAAGCACUACUAAUCCCAGGAUUCUCGGUGGAGCUCCGUGAUUUCCGGGGAAAGUAUUGCCAGUGGGAAGGUGCGCGCAGGGGGGGACCUGUUGGAAAUGACGCGAGCUGAAAUCUUGUUUCAGACAAGAAAUCACAACAAACAACCCGGGGUCUAAGGCAGAGUGCGCCGAGCCAGCGGAAAACAGGGUAAUGCUCAAUGGAGACGCUCAUGAGUGCCGUGGCCCUGCGUGCGCCAGCGACGGUAAAGCGGGGGUCCGAGGUGGACUUCCGCUCGGGCACGACUCUGGAGCAGCUGUCGGCUCAGGUGCAGGAGCUCGUGCAGCUGGAACAGGAGGAGUUCGGAGACCAGACCGCGCUCGAGGUGCACACGGCCAAAGACUUCAUCUUUAAUAUGCUGGGCCUGGUGCAGAAGGUAGACAAGCGACUGCCGGUUGCCAAUGAAUACCUGCUGCUAUCAGGUGGGGCCAGGGAAGGUGUUCUUGACCUUAACCCAGAGGACCUAGGUGACUACGCCAAAGGUGUUGACUUUGAUUUGGACUUCACUCUUCUGGUGCCUGCUCUUAAACUGCAUGACCGCAAUCAGCCCAUGACACUGGACAUGCGGCAUUCCCCACCGUGCCAUUCGUGGCUGAGUCUUCGCCUCUGCGAUCCUGCAAUGCAGACGCGUUGGAGUAUCUGCUGUCAAGACGAGGAAAAUAGAGACAAAGAUGUGGAAGAUGAGGAGGAAGAAAAUGAUGCAGUACGAGGCUCAAUCCCAUCCCUGCAGCCUCCUCAGUCAUUAGAUGGAUGUUACUUCUCUCCGUUGUUGGUUACUGACUGGUUCUGGAGUGUAGUUGGAACGGCGGUGGAAGAGUUGCGGCGAAAUCCUCAAAGAGGGAUUCCUGUUCCUGAUCGUGUGGAGCGGAAUGGUCCACUAACGACGCUGAUUCUCAGUGCAGGAACUAGCCGUAUCCUUUACGACUUGCUUCCAGUGGUGUCAUUUCGCGGCUGGCCGGCUGUCGCACAGAGCUGGCUCACGACCAACCAUUUCUGGGAUGGCAAAAUAACUGAGGAGGAGGCCAUCAGCGGAUUCUACUUGCUUCCUUGUUGUUCUCCAGCUGCCAGCCCCUCAACCAGACCUGACCGCGAAUGGAGACUUGCCUUCUCCCGCAGUGAGGUUCAGCUAAAGAAAUGCGUGCCCUACCCAAUGGCACAAGCCUUCCAAGCAGCUAAAGCUGUACUGUCAAGACUAUUAGCUCGCCCUCGCACUGGCCUUAGCCUCUACCACCUACGUACCUUGAUGUUUUGGGCUUGUGAUCGCUUGCCUACGACCUACCUUAGCUGUCCAGAUCACGAGACUCCUGCACGGAUGUUCCUUGGUCUACUUGAUGACUUGGCUCACUGCAUUCUGGGCAAAAACAGUCCUAAUUACUUCCUCCCCCAGUGCAACAUGCUGGAGCACCUCACGGACAGCGCUGCCCUGCUAGUGGCACGAAAACUUGCACAUUUACGUUCCGAUCCCGCAGAGCACUUAAGAGUAGCUUUGGAGCAGGCACAACAGGCAUGCCAGCUCAAACGUGAGGCCGCAGUAGCUGCGAGCAAUGGCCAUGGGAUAUCAUCACCUAGCCAUGGAUAUGGUGCAGGAUCACCACAGGAUGAUCGGCUAGCACAGCGUCUACAACAGCUGGUGACAGAAAACCCUGGCAAGUCUAUUUCAGUCUUCCUCAACCCAGAUGACGUUACACGCCCGCAUUUCCGCAUUGACGACAAGUUCUACUAAGUGGACUGAGCUGGUUUACAUGCUGCCCAGGGUGUAAAUGACAUAAACCCUAUACGACAGAACUUACAGAGGACAUAGUCAUGUCACUUUGCUACUGUAUCACACCAAAUAGUAAAAUUGAGUCUCCACAGAGGGUUUUCUUCCCUCUGUUUGGCUCAACCAGGCUGACUACAAUCAAAGCACUUGCUUGACACUCCAAUGAGGGAUUGUAUGAGUUUCACAGGUGUCACAAAUGUCAGGGAGAACAAAAGUAAGCGGGCAAGGAUAGAUUUUAGUUAUGCGACUCAUAUAAAAUCGAAAUUCAAUUGCAUUCAAAGGAAAUCCCCAUUGGCAGACUGCACAUCAAGUAGACUUUAUUCAGUGAUACUAUUCUGUAGAGUUCAAAUACUUUUUUUUUUACCUGCUACUCAAUACUACUGAGAAAGGAAACUACUAUUUUCUGCUGUAUUCCACAAUGAAUCCCGAGGGCAG